CCAGGUGAGAGGGGCUGCGGCGAUCCCGCCGCGGGACUCCAGGACUCCAGGACUCCAGGGACCGGGAGCGCGACCGCGGGGCAGCGGGCUGGGUCCGGGACCCCGCGGCUUCAAGGGCCGGAGAGGGCAUCCCCUCCCCUGCGGGUACGGGGCAGCGGAUUUAGCGCCUGGCUCUCCAGAGGGUGCCUGAUUGGUUGGGAGCAGGCGCUCCAUUCUAAAGACUCUGAACUUGGGGACGACGUAUACUUCUUAAGGCCGUGAGUUUCUCUGGGACGACUCCAGACUAGGGAGACCCUUCCAUCAUCAGGACACCGGUCCUGGGCAUCAGCGUUUCACUUUGGAGGGGAGGGCGUGUAGGACGCCUUCUAAAGCCUUCCCUGCACCCCACCGGUCCCCAUGGCGCUUCCCGGCUCUUCACACGACCAGGCCUGGGGCUUGGAGCCGCCCGCUCCCGCUGCUCCUACCAACUCGUCCUCGGGCUGCCAGGAGCGGGAAGGCGCCGGCAGCCCGGUGGUGUCCGGGGGGCUUCCCCUGGAGAAGGUGAAGCGACCCAUGAACGCGUUCAUGGUGUGGAGCUCCGCGCAGCGCCGCCAGAUGGCGCAGCAGAACCCAAAGAUGCACAACUCGGAGAUCUCCAAGCGCCUGGGCGCGCAGUGGAAGCUGCUGGGCGAGGACGAGAAGCGGCCCUUCGUGGAAGAGGCCAAGCGGCUCCGGGCGCGGCACCUGCGCGACUACCCCGACUACAAGUACCGGCCUCGGCGCAAGACCAAGAGCGCGGCCGCCGGGCCGCCCCACUUCGGCCAGGGAGGCGGCGGCGUGGCUGGCGGCGGGCCGGUCUGGGGUCCCGGGUACGCGACCACGCAGGGGAGCAGAGGCUUUGGGUACCAGCCGCCCAACUACUCGACAGCUUACCUGCCUGCCGGUUACGGCUCUUCCCACUGCAAACCAGAGGCCUCGUCGCCGUGCUCCCUCCCUCAGAGUAACCCGAGGCUCCAGGGUGAGCUGCUCCCCCACUACAGCCCCUACCUACCCCCAGGCUCCCCCACUGCGUACAACCCUCCCCUGUCAGGGACCCCCAUGCCCCUGACCCACCUCUAACUCUCAUGAACAUGGACUUCCCAGGAACGGCUUUACUCUCCUUUCUACCCAGAAUCUCCCACCCCAGGCUGCAAACCCUUCUUUAGAACCCUGUUGGCCCACAGUUCAGAAGCCUGUGCUGCGGUUCCCUUACCCUGCCCCCAAAAUACAACACAUGGUUUUUUUUUUAGGACGAACACAGUUUUUAUGAUUAAA